AUGUCUCAUCUGAGAAAGAGGAUCCUCCUCUCGCGUCUCUUCCAAUCCUUGGGUCUGUCGUGGUUUCUGGGGGGAAAUAGAAUAGCGACAGAAACGCAUGUGGAAACUGGACUAUCACAAGAACAAGGAACGGAGGGUGGGAGGAUCAUACAGAAUAGAGCCGAAUUGGGGGCACAUCUGGGUACACACAUGCUUCCGGGAUGGCUUAGGCCGAAUAAGGGCAUCUCCCAUAUUUUGCAGAGUUUCGCUCAACUCCCCAAGGGACUGCGGCCUCGGAGAUCAGUCUCCACAGCUUACGGGAUAUUUCUCGGCCUCAAAGACUUGUCUGUAGCAGCACCACAACCACCAAAGGGAACGGACUGUUUAGCUAAAGCAUUGACACGACAUAGUGAAGAGGAAGCGCCGAAUCGAUGA